UCCCUUCUCUAGCUGCGCAGAUUGCUUAAGAGAAUGGCACUCUGUGGAGUUUGACCCAUGAGCCCUGAUAGUGAAAAUAAUACACUUCUCACCAGAGCCACGGGAGACCGAAAGAGUAACUUCGGGCAAUUAGUUUAACUUUGACUAUAAAUAUUCCUUCUCAUUCCUUGUGACACCGUUAACAGCUCCGCUGGCAAAUCCCGAUUCUCUGGCAAUAUUUAAGCUGCCUGUCAGUUGGCAGAGGCUUGGUGGUGCCCGGCGCAGGGAACAGAAUGAGACCCAGCUGAGCGCAAUAUAUGCAUCAAGACAAAGAAGCACUCGGCCUGCAUAAGAAACCAUGGAGACCACCAGCAGCCCUCCAUCCUCUGUGACCCCCCCGUGGGAUGUGUUUCCCCAGAAGACGCUGGACUCCAUUGACAUUGCUGUUCUUGUGCUGUACUUCGUAUUUGUCCUUGCGGUUGGGCUGUGGUCCAUGUGGAAGACGCAGCGCAGCACUGUAAAAGGCUACUUUCUAGCUGGAGGACAGAUGGUUUGGUGGCCUGUGGGCGCAUCCCUGUUUGCCAGCAACGUUGGAAGUGGCCACUUCAUCGGCCUGGCUGGGUCGGGAGCUGCCUCGGGAAUUGCUGCAACAGCCUAUGAGUGGAAUGGGAUGUUUUGUGUUUUGGUGCUGGCCUGGCUAUUCCUUCCAAUUUACAUAGCAGCAGGAGUUACUACCAUGCCUGAGUACUUGCGGAAACGUUUUGGAGGCAAAAGAAUUCAGAUGUUCCUGGCGAUUCUCUACUUGUUCAUCUAUAUCUUCACCAAAAUAUCAGUCGAUAUGUACGCUGGGGCCCUCUUCAUUCAGCAAGCCUUACACUGGGACCUCUAUAUCGCCGUGGUAGGCUUGCUGGCAAUCACAGCCGUUUACACUGUUGCAGGUGGCCUGGCAGCUGUGAUAUACACAGACGCUCUGCAAACCCUCAUUAUGCUGAUCGGGGCUGUGACUCUCAUGGUCUUCAGCUUUGUUGAAGUUGGCGGUCUUGAAGGUUUGCAGACAAAAUACUUUGAUGCCAUUCCCAGCACCCGCAAGGAAAACAGUAGCUGCGGCUUGCCAAGAGAAGAUGCUUUUCACAUUUUCCGAGACCCUGUUAACUCUGACCUUCCCUGGCCGGGAGUUUUGGUGGGAAUGACCAUCCCGUCCCUGUGGUACUGGUGUACAGAUCAGGUCAUCGUUCAGAGGUCCCUUGCUGCUAAAAACCUCUCCCAUGCCAAAGGAGGCUCCUUGAUGACCUCCUACUUGAAAAUUUUGCCCCUCUUUAUGAUGGUAAUGCCGGGCAUGAUCAGCCGGAUUCUCUUCCCAGAUCUGGUGGCUUGUGCAGAUGCGGAAAUUUGCCGAAAAAUCUGUGGCAACCCGUCUGGCUGUUCUGAUAUUGCUUAUCCUAAGCUGGUCAUAGAACUUCUGCCUGUAGGACUCAGGGGCCUGAUGAUGUCAGUGAUGAUAGCAGCUCUCAUGUCCUCCCUGACUUCCAUCUUUAAUAGUGCCAGCACCAUUUUCACCAUGGACCUCUGGAAACACUUCCGUCCUCGUUGCUCUGAGUGGGAACUCAUGAUUGUUGGCAGGGUCUUUGUGCUGCUGCUCACUGUGGUCUCCAUCCUGUGGAUCCCGCUGGUACAGGCUGGCCAGGGGGGGCAGCUCUUUAUUUACAUCCAGUCGAUCAGCUCCUACCUGCAGCCCCCCGUGGCAAUGGUGUUUAUACUGGGUUGCUUCUGGAAAAGAGCGAAUGAAAAGGGCGCGUUCUGGGGCCUGGUGAUUGGGCUGCUGCUGGGCGUCAUUCGGCUGGUGCUGGACUUCAUCUACCCAGAGCCCCAGUGCGGCGAGACCGACCUCCGACCAGGCGUGGUGAAGUACAUGCACUAUCUCUACUUCUCCAUGGUCCUGGCCGCGAUCUCCACGCUCACUGUGCUGGUCGUGAGCAUGCUCACAGAACCCCCCUCGGAAGAAAUGAUAAGUCGGCUUACCUGGUUCACACGUGGGGAUCUACCAGUCAAGAAAGACCUAGCAGUCAGCCCUUCCCCUGAUGCUGCAAAAGGAGUGUGUGAAGCUGAGCGUCCAGCUCUCCAGAUUGAUAUAAGCAUUGCUUCUGAAAAUAGUUCAAAUGAUAAUAAAUGUACGACUAACGCCAAAGGGAACUCGAAGCUGAUGACCGCCUUUCUGUGGCUCUGCGGGAUGGAGCGCAAACAGGAAAAUGCCGAGAACGCGGCGCCGACUAAACCCGAGCCGCUUCCCGUGGCUUCCCUGGAGGAGAAACCACUGGUGAAACACAUCCUGAAUAUCAACUUGCUAUUAUGUGUAUGUGCCGGGCUCUUUCUCUGGGCCUACUUCGCAUAG